GUGUCGCUGCUGAGGGCGCUGUGCUUCACUCUCCAGUUCGCGCGGAGGAGCGGAGCGUUUCCUCUCCGCACCGAAACACGGACGGACUUCGACCCCGCGCGCGCUUCACUUUCAGUCCCCCCUCUUUCUCUCUCUCCCUCUCCCUCUCUCCCUCCCUCUCUCUCUCCCUCUCUCUCUUUCUCUCUCUCAGGUUGAAACUAACGACUCUGGAUCAGGUGCCGCCGGCUUUUUCGCAAUAACACGCAGCCGCUCUGGGCUUUAAGGACACUAUUACAGGACACUAUUAGUAUUAUUAGCAGCAUUAUUAGUAACAUCUCGGCAUGCUGCUCCCUCCGCGUGUCGUAAAUCCGGCUCGGUUUGCUCCACGCUGAACCUUCUGCGAUGCUCGUUUCCCUCUCUGCUACAAAAACCGCUCGCGAGAGUCUGAAGUCCGGUUUGUUUUUCUUUCUAAAUCUGUCCGGUGGAGUUUUUGGUUUGUCAGUUAUUUUUUUUAAAGCUCUGACAAUCUUUUUUUUUCUAAGCACACGAUGAGUUUCAAGCCGAAAUGACCCGCUGCUUUCCCCGCCGUGGCUUUUUAAAAAAAUCUCUCUCUUGGUGCGAGUGAGCGAGUGAGGGUCUGAGCGCGUGCGCGCGCGCGUGCGUUUCCCCAUCUCCAGUUCACGAUGCCUUUGCUCAAAGUUCGGAGCGUUUGUGAAGAAGGGACUGUCGCGGCGCCGCUUUAACGGAGCUCGGUCCAUGUUUUUUUUUUUUUCCUGCGGACCGCGCGCGUACGAGUGUGUGCGUGAGCGAGUGUGUGCGCGCGUGUAACUCGAGGCGGGGUUAAAGUUCACUUCUAUGGAGCCGUGAAGCGCCGCUCACUCCGCACACUUGGAAAUGUAAAAGCAAGAAGCAGCUUUUAUUUCAUUCCCCCUUCUCUCUCUCCCUCUCUCUCUCCCUCUGUCUCUCCCUCUCUCUAUCUAUCUCUCUUUUUUCUUCUUCUUUUCAUACACACGGACACGGCAAUCAACUCGCACGCGGACACACAUAUAGCCUGCACACAUACACACUCACAUAACACACACAUACAUAAACACGCUGAUUCGUUACAGUCAUCCACACACACAUACACAAACACUUUACAAUUCAGCAUACAAAAGACAACAGAUAUGUAUUCUCCGCUAUGCCUAACACAGGAUGAAUUCCAUCCUUUCAUCGAAGCGCUGCUGCCCCAUGUGCGAGCGUUUGCCUACACCUGGUUCAACCUGCAGGCUCGCAAGAGAAAGUACUUCAAAAAGCACGAGAAGCGCAUGUCCAAAGAAGAGGAGCGGGCGGUGAAGGACGAGCUACUGGCCGAGAAGGCUGAGGUCAAGCAGAAGUGGGCAUCGCGGCUGCUGGCCAAGCUCCGCAAGGACAUCCGGCCCGAGUUCCGUGAGGAUUUCGUGCUCACCGUGACGGGGAAGAAGCCACCAUGCUGUGUGCUCUCCAACCCCGAUCAGAAGGGCAAGAUGAGAAGGAUCGACUGCUUGCGCCAAGCGGACAAAGUGUGGCGCUUGGACCUGGUCAUGGUGAUUUUAUUCAAAGGUAUUCCGCUUGAAAGUACUGAUGGCGAAAGGCUGGUUAAAUCUCCACAGUGCUCGAACCCAGGGUUGUGCGUGCAGCCACAUCACAUAGGAGUUUCAGUAAAGGAGCUUGACCUGUACUUGGCCUACUUUGUACAUGCAGAAGCAACGCAGUCUGAAAGUCCAAACCAGCCCAGUGAGGGAGACAUUAAGGACCAGCCAGAAAACGGACACCUGGGCUUCCAGGAUAGUUUCGUCACAUCAGGUGUCUUCACCGUCUCUGAACUUGUGCGAGUUUCACAGACCCCCAUCGCGGCAGGGACGGGGCCCAACUUCUCAUUGGCGGACUUAGACAGCUCCUCUUACUACAGUAUGAGCCCAGGGGCCAUGAGGAGACCCCUACCCAGCACCUCUUCUAGCAGUUCUGCAAAGCGUAUUAAGUGUAUGGAGGAGGAAGUGGACAGUCCAGGGGAGGAGUCCUACUAUCCCAGCCAGGGACGAUCACCGGGCAGCGGCAGCCAAGCCAGUAGCUGGCACGAAGUAGAGCCAGCUGGAUAUAAACUGCGCGGCUCACUAGCUAGUUCGUUCAUCUCAAGACAAGGAAUGCCAUCGCCCACCACAUUAAAGAAGUCAGAGAAGUCUGGUUUCAGCAGCCCCGUGCCUUCGCAGACCAACUCCCCUCGAACGGCAUUCACACACCAUCAUCGGCCAGUCAUAACAGGACCCAGAGCGAGUCCUCACGCCACGCCGUCAAGUCUUCAUUUCCCGACGUCGCCAAUCAUCCAGCAGCCCGGCUCCUACUUCUCCCACCCUGCCAUCCGCUACCACCCGCAGGAGACGCUCAAGGAGUUUGUCCAACUUGUCUGCCCUGACAGUGGUCAGCAAGCUGGACAGGUGGGCUUCCUGAACCCCAAUGGGAGCAGUCAGGGGAAGGUUCACAAUCCCUUCUUGCCCACCCCGAUGUUGCCCCCACCACCACCCCCACCCAUGGCCCGGCCUGUGCCGCUGCCCGUGCCGGACUCCAAACCGCCCUCCACCUCGGCCGAGGGAGGGGGCAACUCCCCCACCUCGCCAACAUACUCCACACCGAGCACGUCCCCCGCCCAGCGCUUUGUCAGCGUGGGCCCCAGAGACCCCAGCUUUGUAAAUAUCCCUCAGCAGCCUCAGUGGUACCUGGGCUAAAGACUCCAGACUCGGACCGGCCACUCCCGAGCUCAGUUGCACCCCACUGUCUCCCCUGAGUGUGACCCGUAAACAUGUCCACCAGUGUGACGCGCCAGGAGCCGCUCGUUGCCCCAGCACCCGACAGACCCACAGCAUGGCUACAGCAGAACCCUGCCCUGCCCUGGAAACAAAAACCAGUCAACUCAACUCGCUUACAAUCAACACACUAUAUAUCUACAUAGUCCACAUGUAUUCCUCCAGAUAUAUGGUUUCGAUGCCUAUAUUCAUAUAUAGUAACUGUCCAGCUCUUUUCUCUUCUGGAGACGGAGCUUAAAAGAAGGAGCGCUAUGAUUUACUCAGAAACAUGCAUGAUUUGCUUUUUUGUGUUUUUGUUUUUGUUUUUUUUUCCUGUUUUUGUUUUGUUUUGUUUUUGGUUUGCCCUCUCGGCCAGAGAAGAAAAACAAUCAAAAAGCUUCCCUCAGUCACCCGUCAUGGCCGGGAGGUCCCACAGCCAAGCCUCUUCAGCACUAUUUUCUGAAUUUGGUGCAGUUUUCCUGAAUUUCGUGCUUGUGACCAUCCUGGAUUGAGUCUGUUGGCACUUUCUGUGCCCACUCGUGCUUGUCAGGAUCUGACGGAGUUGGAUUUUCGGGUAAAAAAGACCCUGGUUCUGGUGGUUGACUUCAUGCAGAGGUAUUUUUUUUUACCUGGAUCAGACAGCACCAGCUAAAGCCUCUCUCUGACUCAUUAAGUCUGCUCUGGCCAGGUCACUUCACCCCAUCCCCACCUUCAUCGCCAUGUACACGGUCCAAAAAAGCCCUCCGAGGACUUCACGUGCUGACAAACAGCAAAUACAGGAAGAACACCCCCCCCCCAACCACACACACACACACACACACCCCUUUGUGUUUUCUGUCACGGGGCAGGGAGUGGAGGAUCACAGAUGAUGAUAAUGAUGAUGAUGUUCUAUAUCAGUCAACCAGGUGAAUUAACAUGAGCUCAGAAGGCUACAAAGUGAAGUAUUCAAAUGGGAGAUUUUUGUGUUUAAAGAAAAAAAAGGUCUCCCACAUGGGAGUCAUGUUCAUAUUUCAUUUUUGUAUAAAGUUGUUUCAGUUGUUUCUAAUACACCACAGGUCUGUACAACACUAUAGAGAGAAAAAAAGGACGGAUAGAAAAGAGUGAGCUUCCAUUAACUGACAAAACAUGAGACAACCAUGAUUGGAGGUAAACAGUGGAAUUGUGAACUGAGGAAAGUGCAAUUUUGUUGGAUAGCUGUUGGAUUGUUAAAUAUCUUUGUAAGAUAGAUCGUUGCAACGAUUGUUGAAAAGUAUAUAUAUAUAUAUUUUUUCUUCCUAGUCCGUUCACACCUCUGGGACUCUAAAAUAUCGGGGUACAAAAAAAACUAGAACAAAUAGCCUUGUGAGAAAUAAGGGGAGCUGUACUUGCUUUUUGUUUUUCUUAUGUUUGUUCGUUCAUCUUUGUAAAUUUGUUAGUAUUGUAGAACAAAAAUCCCUUUAAGAAAUAUUGCCAUUUAAACAAUCAAUUUUAAACAUUCUGGACGCGUUGAAGUUAGACCACUGUGCUAGUUCGUUCCAAAACACUAAGCUAAUUAACUUAUUUUAACGAAGCACAUAGUCUAGGAGCAGUAUUAAUUUCUCAUCAGGCAAAAGCCGGCGGGUAUAACAUAAGAAGAAUUCAGCCGUAUCAGCAGCUUAUUGCAAGCUUUCUGCAGAAAGGUUAAAGCUCUGGUUAGCCCAUUGCUGAUAGACACCCACGCUUGCGUGUUUGAAACACUAAUCUGGGGUCAGUUUUUGUCUUUUAUAUCCUAAUAAAUAGUAAAAUGUGGACAGGGAGAAGCUGGUCCUAGAGCAGCGCUCUAACCCUACACAUACAGAAUGCUCCUUAUUCUACUGCCUUUCUCAGGCAAAAGCUCUUGGGCCCGUGGUGUAACUGCAGGCUGGUAGUGAGUACCGGGGUUAAGACGCCGAUACAGUGACAACUUCCUCCGUAACCUUUUUGAAAGUGUUACGUAAAAAAAAAGAAAUGAAGAAAUGUGAUCAAAUAAAACAAUCAGACAAGAAUGCAGCCGGAGAGCAAAGCGCUUUUUUAAUUCAUUCGGUUUGCAUGCAGUUUAACCGCCUUUGUUUUUAUUUGACUUUUGGUUUUCUUUUGCUUCCUACAGUACUUAUAUAAUACACAUAACAACUGACUCAUCCACUGUUGAUCAGAUUUUAAAAAAUGAAAAAAAAAGUAAUUAAAAAGUUUAAAAAAAAAUGCAUGUUGUAGUGUUAGUGACAAAUUUUUACCUAGAUCAUGUAGAGUUAAAGUAGUGUGAAUAAAGACACAAUAUUGUAAUCCCAACACCAGGCACUUGCCAAUAGAGUAUUUGUUUGGCCCCUUAAAAGAAGGGUAUUUUUACUGCUGUCCUCACAAUCAAUCAGCUGAACGUCUUUGUGACUCUCCUUCGCUUCUUCUCUUUUCUGUAUGUUGACCCUCACUUCUUUUGUCCCUUUACAAAACAAUCAUUCUUGUUUUUUUUUUUUCCCUAUCAAGAGCAAUGUAUUUCACUUUCUCCUCUCAAAUUGCACGGAAACAAUUGUUUCUCAUCAAUGUGCCUUGAGCGAUGGUCUAGUCCUGAGUUGAUGCACAAGUUGCAAUUGUUAUUUUCCAGCUUUUCCAGCUUUUUCCCAUUCGUCUCCCACAGCGUUCAGGAAUCGGAGAGCGAAGUGGAUGCUAAUGCUAAAAGCCCUUGCUAACAGUAACACAGAGGAUUACUACCUGCCCUUUUUAUUCCGCUCAUCAGCCUGUGUCCCAGGCUCCCAGGCCUCAUGAUGCAACAUCCUGGUGCCGUGUGAGGACGAGACUGUAAAAUCCAGCCUCAGUCUUGUACUGCUGUUCAGUCAGUCCAGUCCAGUGUCAAUCCCCCAUUGGGCCCCAGUAGCUGUACUGUGAAGUAGACAUUUAUUAGUGUAACCGUUAGAGUUAUAGCCCCAGGCCCCCUUUAUUCUAGUAGUGUUAACACUAGUGUAUUGAUAUUUAUGGAUGUUGCUGCAAUUUCUAAAUUGAAACUAAUUUUUUUUUUAGUCUUCCUGUUUUCGUUACCAGAACAAUAAGAAAAAAAUAAUAUGCAAUACUUGCUUGCACUCAUGUAGAUGUAGUGAUUAAUUUUAUAAUUUUUUCUUUUGUAUAUUUUUUUUUUUUUACCCAAGUUAGUGUUGCACUUGACUGGCUGGAUGCUGGACGUACAUCAGCGUCUGAUAAAAUCUCUCCUGACGUCCACGCCAGCCUCGUUCGGGGUAUUCUACUUUCUUUGUGCUUGACAUAAAUGACCAUUCAUGUAUUAUUCAUGUAUUUGGAUCACUCUUUCUUUCUUUUUUGCUUUGUUUUGGUCACAAGCAAGCCUUAAAACAAGGAAACUUCCUCUCCGUCACAGCAAACCAUGUUUUUAACAUACAGGACGAGUUCAAGGAAUAAAAAAUGUCCAGGAUAAAAAUAAAUAUGCCCACUUUUAUGUACAUUUUGACAAACUUCCAUGUUAUAUAAACUGUUUACCUGUUUUCUUGUCUAAUUCAUAUAUAUCAUUUAACAGAGAGAAUUCGGGGAAAAAAAUCCCAAACGUCUGAUAUGAUGGUUUAGUAGUUACACUUGUGUGGGUUCUUUUUUAUUAGUGUGACAAAUUAGUUUUUCAUUGUUGUUGCCUACCCUUUAGUAAUGAGUUGGGCAUUACUUUCUUAAUUAUCUGCACUAAAUAUGAAAUAAUGACAAUUGUGAGAAUUAAAAAAAAAAAUCAAAAAGAAAAAAAAAACAGCUUCCAGGGCUUACAAGAGCGAAGGGAAAAAAUAUGAUUGCACGGACAUUUUUUUUUGUCACGAAACCUUGUUUAGAGCAGCCUAGCAUCUAAUCAGCAAGAUAUUCGGCUGUGCGUGUGUAAGAUAAUGACAAAAUUGCACCCUUUUUAAAGAAAGACAAAAAAGAGAAAAAGAAUAUAAAAGCAAUAGUUUGGGCAGUCUGUUUUGUUCUUGUGUCGUGUGUGUAAUUUUAGUUUUUGGGUUUUUUUCGGUUUUGUUUUUUCUUUCGGAGGGGGGUACAGAAGUGGAGUUGUGGGGAGAAGCUGAACAAAUCGAAUGGAGAAUUCAGACAGAGAAGAGAGCGAGGACACAAGCCUCUGAGUGUGGGAGAUGUGUUGUUUGUAUAUUGUAUAGUUUUAUUAAUUACACUGAUUUUAAAGCUGCCCUAUUUUAUAAUGCAGGACUUUUGUAACAUUGAUUAAAUGAGGAAAAACUAGUGUUGUGAAUUUUCUCAUCGUUUGUAAUAAGGCCACAUUAAUAGAACUGGUUUUGUUUGUUCUCUGGGGAACUGGAUUUAAGUUGAAAACUUUCCUGUUUCCUGAUUUAUCUUUUUUUUUCUUUUGCUUUCCUUUUUUUGUAUGUAUUUAAAGACUUUUUCUUCUUUUGAUGGUAUAGAGUAUUCCUAUACUUGAAAAGUAUAAGGUAUUGAGGUGAAAGCCCCAUUGUAAAUGGAUGUUACAAGUAUGCUUGCUGUAUGUUUUGAAGGUUCUUUGUUGCAUCAGUGUUGAUGAAGCUAAAUCUAGGUAAUUCUGAGGAUGUUGGUUAAGAAAAGAGAGCGUUUUUAUGCAUUUUAAAAUUAGUUUUAGGCAGAAGACAAUGACAUAGACAGCCAAAGGAUGCCCCUAUUAUAAAUGCAUCUAGGCAUCUUUUUUGUGUUCACCAUUCCAUGCAGGAAAAUAAACAGCUUGAUAUGCAA